GGCAAGAAGCCACACACACACACAUUGGAGGGAACCCCAUCAGCUGUGGGAAGCAACACAGCCUGAACUUACUUUUAUUUCUCUAACUCUAUUCUUCAGAUUACCUGAUUUUGAAGCGGUAUUUUAGAUAUGCGCCAUUAAGGUGUACAGCGAGAGCUCUGUGCUUAGAAACGUGUAUUUUACCAAGGACAGCAGAGGAGGAAGAAAGAAAAGAAAAAACACAGAAAACACGGACUACAGAAGGUGGCUUUGAAAGCAUGGAAUAUUUCAUGAUGCCGACAGAGAAGAUACCGUCCUUACAGCAGUUCAAGAAGACGGAGAAGGAUGUUAUUGGAGGUCUCUGCAGCCUGGCCAACAUCCCCCUCAGUCCGGAGACGGCCCAGGACCAGGAGAGACGAAUCCGCCGUGAGAUCGCCAACAGCAACGAGCGCCGGCGCAUGCAGAGCAUCAACGCAGGCUUCCAGUCCCUCAAAACACUCCUGCCCCACACAGACGGAGAGAAACUCAGCAAGGCGGCCAUCUUGCAGCAGACGGCGGACUACAUCUUUGCCUUGGAGCAGGAAAAGACACAGCUCCUGGCACAGAACAACCAGCUCAAACGCUUCAUCCAGGAGUUUAGCGGCUCAUCACCCAAGAGGAGGCGAGCAGAGGAGAAGGAUGAAGGGAUUGGGUCUCCAGACACCCUGGAGGAGGAGAAGGUGGAGGAGCUGAGGAGGGAAAUGUUAGAGCUGCGGCAGCAACUGGACAAGGAGCGCUCAGCUCGUAUGCAGAUGGAGGAGCAGGUGCGAUCUCUGGACACCCAGCUGCACCCCGAGCGCCUCAAGGUGAUCACCCAGCAGGUGGAAGAGGAGCAGGCAAUCCUCCAGAGCCAGACGCUGUUACGGCUGCAGCAGAUCCACGCCGCUGACAGGCAAACACACAGUCCGCAGGUGCUGGCUCCUCCCACUCCCCCAGCCCCUACCCACCACCCCACGGUCAUCGUCCCAGCCCCAACACUAACCCAGCAACCCCAUCAUCACGUCACCGUGGUGACCAUGAGCCCGUCAGCCCACACCAGCACUGUGUCCACGUCCAGACAGAACCUGGACACUAUUGUGCAGGCCAUCCAACACAUCGAACGCACUCAGGAGAGGAGAGCGAGUGCCGAAGAGGAGCAGAGGCGAGCGGUCAUCGUCAGUCCUGCCCACGUCGCCAUGGACACCGCCUGCUCGGACACAGACACCGACACAGAGGGGGAGGACUGCUCAAUGAACUGAUCCAACCCCAUGAACUCACACACAAAACACACAAACACUUAAAAUACCUACUCACUGUAAGAUUCCCUCCAGGCGCUUGACUACUUUUAAAAAAAAAAAAAAAGAAAAAGAAAAAAGAAAUCUGUCUUUGGCAUUAUCCAAACUCUUAAAUCCAGUGGUUAAGCUCUGUCUCAGUCUCGUACUGUAAAAUCUCUGAAGAUUGAAAACAUAGGAUGGUCAGCGUGCAGAGGAGGCCCUGUGGGAUUUCUACCCCUCCCCCCCAAUGUCAGAGCCGGUCUGUGGCUACUUGAAAACUUGAGGGCCUCCUCGUGUAAAAAGCUAUCAGCGUCAGUCCGUCCUUCUUGUGUGUUUAUGUGUGCUACGUAACAGUCGCAGUAUCACAGUUACCCGUCGUCUCUGGCACGCUGACAGUGUUAUUUGUGCUACAAAUUGAUGGAGUCAGUACAAUGGAGAGUUGAAUGUAACAACACAAUAAGCAAGCAGCUCCUGAUUCUCAAAAGAGGGAUGGAGUUGCAGUUAUUUCUUCCCCUGUCUUAAUUUGUUUGGUUUUUUUUCUUUUUGUUUCCUGGUUGUCCAGGUGAUAUUCUAGUGCCACAAAACCCAACUUAAACUACAACAGAAGGCAUUUCCAAAAUUUAACAAGUUUGGGAAAAAAUUUAAACUUAAUUGCAAAGCUAAUUUGAGGAUAGAUGUUGAAUGAAAUCAUGUCUGAUUUACUUGAAAAAAAGGUUGUGUUUUUGAUAUCUAAAUAAGCCCUUAAAAAUAAGCUGUUGAACAAUUUACAUUGAUCGUCUUUUGGUUUUAAUGUUUCUCAUGUUUGUUUUCACUUUUUUUUUUCUGUCAGGGUUACUGAAUGUUGAAGGUAAAAGAUUUUGUUAUAUUGAGAUUAACAACUUAAAAUUGGAUGUUUGUCAGGUUAUAACAGGGAACCGGAGGCCUGGAGAUGAAUUUUACAAAAUGUCUGAUUAAAAUUUUAAAUUGGGCCCUUACAUAUAUCUACUGGUGGCAGUGGUUGUGCACCGUUAACCUAAAAAAAACCAGGUUUUUAAAAAUAGAAGCACAUGUUGAUUGGUUGCUGGAACACACAUUUUCAGUUUCAAUCUAACACAAUUUGUCUGGAUCAAAUGUAGUCCUUUUUGGCUGAUGUGUAAAUCUGAAACAGAUUUCCAUGAUUCACAGGCUCCGUGUACAUGAAGGCUUCCGGUUUUCCUUCAGACUUCCAGUCUAUCUUCUGGUCUUGGAUUGUUGAUUUCAGUGACUAUGCACUAGAGUUGGUAUUUAUGCAAUUCCAUCUUCAGUACAUUUGUUGGUGUCAUUUAUACAUGAGGGGCAGUUAUCUAUGCACCGUUGAUAGGUGUGUACAUUACACCUACAGUAUAUGUUUGAAACAAAGAAUGUAGUCUCUACUUGCAAGGUGCUCUUUGUCAACCUGGGGCUCUGCUGACCAGCAGUGCGCUCAGGCCCAAAACCCUUUGUGUAACUUCACACUUGAUCACGUUUAUUACACGUGUCUGAAUAUUUUUGCUAAAAUGAUAUGUGUCAUUUCCCCAUCUGAAAGUGCUUAGAGAGUAGAGGAGCAGGGAGGAGUUGUGUCUGAUUACAAAUGACAACAUAUAUACAUAUAGAAAACCUAUAAAACACAGGCAGGCCACAUCUUACUGAACUCCAACACAAAAAGCAUAAGUGUGAGGAAAGAAAAGCUCUAGCUGGGAAACAGCAGCUUUAUUGUGAUACUAAGCACGUACUUGCAGAUCGAUGUACAUUUUCGGUGCAUCAGAUGCCACAAAAAGUCCAGAACUCUAAUGAAAAGCACUGAACUGAAUUGCAGAUCGCUCCCCAAAAUCUCCAUCUCUCUCUAAAAUGCACCAAGUCUGUCCACCUCAUGUUUCAUUGCUUAUAUAUUCUCUCGGGAAUUUGACUGGAAAUCCCUGCUUCGAGCCUCCCUCCUGUCAUACUCGAUUUGAUAUGCUGACUUGAUGCUGUAAACAUUCCUUUUUAUUUGGAUUUGUAUCUGUCUUUUGAUCUUUUAUAUGUUCUGUUGCCAAUUGAAUGCAUGUUACUAAUAGCUGUUUUCUCUCUCUCUCUCUCUCUCUAAAGCGGGCUUUUGUUUUGACAUUUUGUUUCCUUUAAUUGCGGGUUUCCCUUUCUUUUCCAUUAACACACGACUGAUGUGUUCAGUGUGAAACUGUCUUGUGUGAGAUGCGUGGACACUAUUCACUCACUGACAUCAACUUUGUAUCUGGUUAGACAAGUAUUUUUCAUGCCAAACUGGGGGAAAUUCUCAUUUUGUUUGUGAAACUUUGGGGGUUUGGUGUUUUGCUGACCAAUGGUAAGAACUGAAUUUAGGCUAAUGUGUGUUUUUGGCCAGCUAAACACUUUUCCCCAAACGUUUCUGUACAUUGUGUUGCAGCACUGCUGUCUUUUUGGUGGAAUUUGAGAUAUUUGAUAUGAAGCACUUGCUGUUCUGUACUGCCUGAAUCAAUGAUGAGGAAGAUAUAUUUUUUUUUAGCCAUUUAUUUUUUGUAAACUCUUUUGCUGUGACACAACAGCAGUUUAUUAUGUUCUGCUCUUCUGUCUUUUCAUCUGUCUUUCUUGUCCUGUUUUCCAUUUUUGGUGACACGCAUUUUUUAUAUUUUUGUGAUAUUUUUUUUUUUUUUUUUUUCCCAUCAGUCCAGGUCGAUGAGAAGCUGUUAUAUUUUGUUUAUAAAAACUUGGGUAAACAGGCCUUUGUAAAGAUGAAAAAAAAAUAAAAUUUGUACUUUUUUUAUUACA